AAUCAGUGGCUGAGUCACGCCUGGGCGGGCGGCAAUAUCAGGACGUGGACAAGUCAGCGAGACGGCCACCACAGCCCGGGGCCCCCAUCACCACCAGCCCAUCAGUCAUCUCGUCCCAGCAGCAUGCAGGAGGAGGAGGAUGACGCCAAGAUCAACUCAAUUAUGAGCAGCGCUCUGGUGCAGCGCAGCACCGGUGACACGGGCGUGCUGGUCUACACACACGCCGUGAUCAAGCACAGGCCCCGGCCCACGGGCGAGACGCCCUUCAAGGUGCCGCCCCGCGCCGCCCCCAGUGAUUGGCAGCUGAAGGAGAACAAGGCCAUGUCGCAGCAGAGGCGGCAGCUGCAGGCAACGGAGGCUGCGAUGGAGGCUCAGCGAGCACCGGCCGGGGCGAGCAGACCCAGCACAAGCCACGCCGCAGAUGUCCUGCGCACCGAGAUCAUUCGUCUGAGCGAGAGGGUGGCUGCCCUUGAGGGAGAACUGAGACAGGCACAUAAUGCUCUCAAGCAAGCAGAGAAAGCCGAGAAGUCACUGGUAACAGAGAAGGUCUCCCUUCACAAGGAGCUGGAGGACACUCAGGGAGCGCUGGAGCGGCUGUCUGAGGGCCGCCUCGGCGUGGAGGGGCGGCUCCGCGAAGCCGAGCGGGCCGCCGCCACGCUGCGGCGGGACAAGGAGGAGCUGGAGCAGCGGGGGCGCCAGCAGCAGCACGCCAUCGAGCGCCUGCACCGCGAGCUGCAGGCAGCGCGGCAGGAGGUGUCUCGAGCCUCGGGCUCGGCGGAGCUCGCGGGGUCGCGCGGCGGGAGCGGGGACGGGCCCGGGUCGGAGAUGGAGCGAGCGCUGCAGCAAAAAUCCAGGCUCCAGGAGAUGGUGGAGAACCUCACCGUGGAGUUGGAGGACCAGACAGCCGAGCGGGAGACGCUGGCGCUGCAGACUCGCCGGCUGGAGCGGCGCGUCGGGGAGCUGGAGGCUGAGCUGGAAACCGCCAUGGCGGAGCGUGACGCCACGUUCAAGCAGCACAAGCAGCUGGAGGAUCGCAACAAGGAGCUGCAGAUGGAGUAUGCCGAGCAGUGUGAGAACCUGGACCUCAUGAUGAAAAAGGUGAAUCGCCUUCGUGAGCAGAAGGACGAGUUGCGUGCGGAGCUGGAGCAGAAGUGCGUGGACAUUGAAAGCCUGAAGAACGACAACGCGGCGCUGGAGAGACAGAAUGAUGACCUGCGGGGCCGGGUGUCCGAGCUCGAGAGCCUGGGCAGUCGGGACCAAGGGGCGCUCCUCUCCGAGCUGGAGGGACGCUUGCGUUCCCUGGAGGUUCACCUGGAGGCCACCGAGAGGGAGAAGGAGCGGCUGCAAGCGGAGGGCCGCAGGCUGGAGGAGAACGUGGUGGGCGUGACCAGGCGGCUGGAAUCGGAGCGCACGCAAACAAACAGCGAGAGGGAACAGGUGAAACAGCAGCUUUGGUCAUUGAGGCAGCAGGGCGAGGAGAAGCGAGCGGCAGCUGGAGCACGCGUUGGGCAUGAACAAACAGCUGCAGCACGAGCUGAACAAGCAGCGCUCCGCCAACGAGGGACACCUCGUCGAGCUCGGCGCGCUGCGGAAAGAUCUGCGCCAACGGGCAGCCGCGCCGACGACGCGGUCGGGGCCGCCGCUCCGCUCGUCACGUUUCCCGUCGGAGGCUACCGAAGACCCGUACGCAAACGACGACUCCGACCUUCCGGUUGCCGUCUUCUGAUUCGCCAGCAAUCGAGCGGUCGAGAAGGGGGGUGGGGGCGGCGGGAGGUCAACACUUACGAUGGGUGCAUUUUGUAUAAUUCAAGCUUUGCUGGGUGAGGCAUUAUAUUUUAUAUAAAAAUCUGAAAAACUAAAAUCAAACGGGUCCGGUGCUGCCAGCUGCUUGACGCGCGUCAACGCUUAGCCACCACAUCGCACGCUUCGAAAAUAAAAUGCGGUCAGACACACAGUGCUAGCGCUUGACCUGCACUUCACUUCGCUGGCGCCGUGCAUCAGCAUCGCCCAUCGUAACACGCACGCAUCGCACGUGCGUCCAAAACGUCCCUCCUCCCUUGUCGAGACGCACGACGUUUUUUGCACGUCCGUGUCACACAACUGCCACGAGUUUCGAUUUAAAGCUUUCGUGACUGCAGGGAUUCAUCUUCUUGGUUCUUUCGGUAAAGUCACGUAGAAGGGAAAUAAUAAAAUAAUUACAAUAAAACAUAAUAAAAUAAUUAUCAGGAUGGCUGCUUGCGUUGUGGCCGAAACGUCGUGGUUAUUAUUUUAUUAUGUUUUAUUUUAUUAUUUUAUUAUUUCCCUUCUACGUGACUUUACCGAAAGAACCAAGAAGAUGAACUGGCACGAGGUUCGUCGCCAGGGGUUUGACUGUGCCGCUGGGUAGCGGUCUCGGGAGUUGAACCCCAGAACGUAGCGAGCCCAACUUUUUAAUCGUUUUAAGUUGAGAUUCUAGGUGGGGCAGAGUGCGUGAUGUCCACACUUGCGUGACCAACUUUUCCAGUUGAUCGGUCUGACUCUUCCUGGGUAUGUGCAGGUUGAUUGCGAUCAUCACAGAUGGUUGGGCAGAACGUUUUGUGGACAUCACACACGGCUUCAGACUCACAAUUAUGAAUGCAUUUUUGUAAUAUGGUAAUGAAAUACUAACUCUUUCAAAGCAAUGAUAUUAUGACUUAAAGCUUUCGUGACUGCAAUGAUAUUCGUUUUUCUUAUGAACAGCACAUACACAGUAAUUAUGAAUAAGACUGCCACUGUAAUAUGUGAAGUGUUUUGAAAUUGUACGUGUUAUUUAGUUAAACCUUUGACCACAAUUUAGGCAUUUUAUUAACCCAUAUUUGUUGCACCAUCCUCGAUAACUCUACAGAUUAUUUUUUUACGAAAAACAACAUUCCUCAUUUUACAGUUCAAUUUCAUUAUAAUCUGAUACAAUAUCCAGAAAUGAAAUGUGAAAAGCUAUCUUGCAUAAUAUUUUUAAUUAACAGUUUUGUAACUGAUCUUUCAUUUUUUUAAUAUUAUAAAUUAAGACUAUAAAUGAAGAAUUUAGAUCAGAUAUAAACACAUCACUGUGCAACUAUGUAGGUAGAACAAAAAUGUAGUACAGUACUGUAUUAAACCUAAUGAGAGCUUAAUGUGUUUUUUUUUAUCUUGAAUACAAAUGCCGAUAUUAUUUUUAAUCUGCUUUCUCUGUUUGAAAUAUAUAUUUUGAUAAAAAAAAGUUUAAUUACACAUUAAAGCGACAGCUGUCUGAUGUUUAAAAUAAAGAUGUGUGUUCCUAAACUGCUUGUCAAAAACAAACCCCGUCCACAUUGUUUAGAUUUCAAGUGAAAUAUAUAUCUAAUUUUAAACUUUCUCCUUGUCAGCCUCCUGCGACGAUGUCGAAACCUGAUUGGCCGUCGCAUUGCUAAUGUCAUUGUCAGCAUUGAGAAAGUCCUGAUUUAAUUUUUGACCUAUAUCUUGGCAAGUCCUUCAUUGGUGCUGG